AUGGCCUACGUGGUGCCCAUUCACCGGGCGAGCGGCAUUCGCCAUGCAGUGAGGCUGAAUUUCAUGAAUGCCGAAGAGGACUGUCUGGUAGUAGCAAAAGCCAACCGCCUUGAAUUCUACACCCUCACCCCCGAUGGCCUGGCUCUGGCCCAGACCCGCGCGCUGUACGCGCAGGUCACCAUGCUCGCCCGACUCCCAGCACCGGCCAACUCGACGACGGACCAUCUCUUCGUCGGUACAGACCAAUACAACUAUUUCACACUUGCCUGGAAUCCCGAGAAGAAAAAGGCCCGGACAGCCCGCAGCUAUGUCGAUAUCGCCGAGCCCUCAGCCCGCGAGUCCCAGACCGAUCCGCGGUGUCUGGUCGACCCCAGCGGGCGCUUCAUGACGCUGGAGAUCUACGAGGGCGUGAUCGUGGUGAUUCCCAUCGUCGAGCCGACGAAGCGGAAGGGUCGGGCCUCACAGGCAGCAUCGGCGGUUGAGGCACCGCAGGUUGGAGAACUUGGCGAGCCGACGGCGUCGCGGAUUGAUGAGCUGUUCGUACGGUCCUCGGCGUUUCUGCAUUCCGGGUCUAAUCAGCCGUGGCUGGCGCUGUUGUAUGAGGAUAAUCAGAAGAAAGUCAGACUGCGCAUUCGAGAGCUGGAGUAUAGUCGGGCGACGUCGAGUGGGCCUGCAGAUGCGACUUUCAAAGAGGUCCAGGAGAAGAAGCUGGAUGGGGGUGUUUUUGCACAUGAGUUAGACUUUGGGUCUUCACAUUUGAUUCCGAUUCCGGCUCCUCUAGGUGGUCUUAUCGUCCUGGGAGAGAGGUCUAUCAAAUACAUCGAUGAUAAUGCGAACGACAUGAUCUCGCGCGAUCUCGAGGAAGCCACCGUCUUUGUGGCUUGGGAGAAAGUCGAUAGUCAACGCUGGUUGCUUGCUGAUGACUACGGUCGGUUGUUCUUCUUGAUGUUUGUGUUGAACAACGAAGGCAACGUCGAAGACUGGAAACUGGACUAUCUGGGAAGCACGUCUCGGGCUACCAAGCUGGUAUACCUCGGCGGAGGAAUUCUAUUUGUUGGCUCGCAACAGGGUGAUUCUCAGGUGCUGCGCAUCGGCGAUGGCUCUUUUGAGAUCAUUCAGACCUUGUCCAACAUUGCGCCUAUCCUAGAUUUCACCUUGAUGGAUCUGGGCAACCGUACGAGUGAGAUCCAGACACAUGAGUUCUCAACGGGGCAAGCUCGGAUUGUAACUGGAUCGGGUGCAUUCGAUGAUGGAUCUUUACGAAGCGUGCGGAGUGGUGUUGGCAUGGAGGAGCUGGGUGUCCUCGGUGAAAUGGACCACAUCACCGAUCUAUGGGGUCUGCAGUCUCAGAGCUCUGGAGACUUCCUCGACACGCUGAUGGUCACAUUCGUUGACGAGACACGAGUAUUCCGCUUCAGUGCUGAAGGGGAAGUCGAAGAGCUGGAGGAAUUCCUUGGGCUGUCUCUGGCGGAGAGCACGCUGCUGGCUGCCAAUCUACCGGGAAGUCGGAUUUUGCAGGUCACCGAGAAGAGGGCCGUGAUUGCCGAUCUUGAGAGCGGUAUGAUCACUUUCGAAUGGACACCUCCGACCCAGAAGGCGAUUACUGCAGCUUCAGCCAAUGAUGAGCGCCUGGUGCUAGUUAUCGGUGGCCAGGUUUUGGCGACUUUUGAUAUCCAGAAUGAUGCCCAGCUCAUCACGCAAAAGGAUAUGGGUGCAGACCAGCAGAUCUCAGGCGUGACGGUCCCGUCGAGCCCGGCAGGUGUCUGCAUUGCUGGAUUCCCGCAAUCCGCCAAGGUGUCUAUUCUAACCAUCAAUGAUCUAUCCGAGGUUCAAAGCCAAUCGCUGGGGCCGACAGGAGAGGCAUUCCCCCGGUCCGUCCUAGUCGCAGACGUUCUGGCGGAUAGUCCGCCUACCCUUUUCAUCUCUAUGGCGGACGGCAGCGUGAUUACCUUCACACUGGACCCGCAGACCUAUGCACUGACCGAUAUGAUGAAGUUGAUCCUGGGAUCAGAACAGCCAACUUUUAAGAGACUACCCAGAGGCGACGGCUUGUACAAUGUCUUCGCCACUUGUGAAAAUCCGAGUCUGAUCUACGGCUCCGAAGGGCGGAUUAUCUACUCUGCCGUCAACUCCGAGGGUGCAUCGCGAAUCUGCCAUUUGAACACGGAGGCAUUCCCGGGAUCCAUCGCUGUGGCCACAGCAAGGGAACUUAAAAUCGCACUCGUCGAUAAGGAGCGUACGACACAAAUCCAAACAUUGCCAAUGGGCUCAACAGUGCGCCGUGUCGCCUACUCACCAUCCGAGAAGGCAUUCGGCCUCGGCACAAUCGACCGCAAGCUGGAGAGUGGCGUGGAGGUUGUGAGGAGUCACUUCGUGUUGGCCGACGAGAUUCUUUUCCGUCGCUUAGAUGCUAUCGAACUGCAUCAAGAUGAAAUAGUUGAAAGUGUCAUCCGGGCCGAGUUGCCAGCCAGCAAAGAUGAGAAUGGAAAAGAGUUCAAGAAGGAUCGGUGGAUUGUUGGUACGGCGUUCCUGAAUGAGGAACAGGAAGGGUCAAUUCGCGGGCGGAUCCUGGUGCUAGAGGUUGAUCAUGGCCGCAAAUUGACCCAGGUUGGUGAAUUAGGAGUCAAGGGCGCAUGUCGGGCGUUGGCAAUGAUCGGUGACCGCAUUGUUGCAGCGCUGGUUAAGACCGUGGUUGUAUACAAGGUGAUCAACAACAACUUCAGCUCGAUGAAGCUGGAGAAGACUGCGACUUACCGGACGUCAACGGCACCCGUCGAUCUAACCGUCGUCAAUGAUUUAAUCGUGGUUGCCGAUCUGAUGAAGAGCGUUUGCAUCGUCCAAUAUACCAAGGGACAGGACGGUGCCAACGACAAACUGGAAGAAAUUGGUCGACAUUAUCAAACUGUCUGGACCACGGCCGUUGCUUCCAUUGAGAAAGAUAUGCUCCUGGUCAGCGAGGCCGAAGGCAAUCUCAUCGUACUCUCCCGCAACCAAGGCGGCGUCACCGAACAAGACAAGCACCGUCUCAUCCCAACGAGUGAAAUCCGCCUGGGUGAAAUGGUCAAUCGGAUUCGCCCUAUCAACAUCCAACAACUUGCCAGUCUGACAGUAACGCCGCGGGCUUUCCUCGCAACGGUUCGUACUACCCCAAUUCCAACCAUUCCAACGCAUCAAACUAACUAA